ACAGAAGUAUUCUCGCGAUGCUUUGUGUGCCCUUGUAUCCAAAAUGGGUUAUUGGGACCUCCAAGAAGGUAAAGACUGCGUCGAAAAGACAUUCAUUACUACUAAACUGGGCACUGCCAUUGGGCUUAUUGGCUCAGCAUAUCAUAUAGUGGCAUUCAAGCCUGAUACAGCAGUUGAAGCGUUGGCAAGGGCAGCAAAUGGCACAGUCACUAUGGCAUCUCUAGGGGCGAUAUUUGGAGUCGUCACUUGUCUUAGCGCACAUGCUAGGGAUGCUCCUGAUGACCCCAAAAACUACUUCAUUGGUGGAUGUGCAUCGGGUGCCUUUGUUGGAGCUCGAACUCACAGUGCUAUGACUGGCAUAGCAUCAUGUCUUGGUUUGGGAAUGGUGGCCAUGUUUACCAAGGUUGGCAAGAUGGAAGGUUGGAGGUUGUAUGGUCCACCCAAGCUGUAAAACC